CAUCCCCGCCCCGCAGCCGCCCGAGCGGAGCCGCCGCGGCCGGACCCGAUGCCGGCAGCUGGGCGCUGAGGGCGGCCCCGACAUGGGGGUUCUCAGCAUCACGGACCAGCCCCCUCUGGUCCAAGCCAUCUUCAACCGGGAUGUGGAGGAGGUUCGGUCGCUGCUCAAUCAGAAGGAGAACAUCAAUGUGCUGGACCAAGAACGCCGGACCCCGCUCCAUGCUGCUGCCUACAUCGGAGAUGUUGCAAUCCUUGAGCUGCUCAUCCUGUCAGGUGCUAAUGUGAACGCGAAGGACACGGUGUGGCUCACGCCGCUGCACCGCGCCGCAGCCUCUCGCCAUGAGAAAGCCCUCCACCUGCUCCUCAAGCACUCUGCAGACGUCAAUGCCCGUGACAAGCACUGGCAGACGCCGCUGCACGUGGCCGCCGCCAACCGCGCCACCAAGUGCGUGGAGGCGCUGGUGCCGCUGCUGAGCACCGUCAACGUGGCCGACCGCACCGGGCGCACGGCGCUGCACCACGCCGUGCACAGCGGCCACCUGGAGAUGGUGAACCUGCUGCUCAACAAAGGUGCCAGUCCCAGCACAUGUGACAAGAAGGACCGGCAGCCCCUGCACUGGGCCGCCUUCCUGGGUCACCUGGAGGUUCUGAAGCUGCUGCUGGCGCGCGGGGCUGACGUGCUGUGCAAGGACAGGAAGGGCUACACGCUGCUGCACACGGCGGCCGCCAGCGGCCAGAUCGAGGUGGUGCGGCACCUGCUGCGCCUGGGGGUGGAGAUCGACGAGCCCAACGCCUUUGGGAACACGGCGCUGCACAUCGCCUGUUACAUGGGGCAGGACGCGGUGGCCACCGAGCUGGUGAACGUGGGGGCCAACGUCAACCAGCCCAACGAGCGCGGCUUCACCCCGCUGCACUUCGCCGCCGUGUCCACCAACGGCGCGCUGUGCCUCGAGAUCCUGGUCAACAACGGUGCCGACGUCAACUUCCAGAGCAAGGAAGGGAAGAGCCCCCUGCACAUGGCAGCGAUCCACGGCCGCUUCACGCGCUCGCAGAUCCUCAUCCAGAACGGCAGCGAGAUCGACUGUGCUGACCGCUUUGGGAACACCCCCCUGCACGUGGCCGCGCGCUACGGACACGAGCUGCUCAUCAGCACCCUGAUGACCAACGGCGCCGACACCGCCCGGCGUGGGAUCCAUGACAUGUUCCCUCUGCACCUGGCCGUGCUCUUCGGCUUCUCCGACUGCUGCCGCAAGCUGCUCUCCUCAGGGCAGCUGUACAGCAUCGUGUCCUCGCUGAGCAACGAGCACGUCCUGUCGGCCGGCUUCGACAUCAACACCCCCGAUAGCCUGGGCAGGACCUGCCUGCACGCCGCCGCCUCGGGGGGGAACGUGGAAUGUCUGAACCUGCUGCUGAGCAGCGGCGCCGACCUGAGGAGGAGAGACAAAUUCGGGAGGACCCCCCUGCACUACGCGGCCGCCAACGGCAGCUACCAGUGCACGGUGACGCUGCUGACGGCCGGGGCCGCGGUCAACGAGGCCGACGGGAAAGGCUGCACGGCCCUGCACUACGCGGCGGCGUCUGACACCUACCGCAGGGCAGAGCCCCAUGCAGGGAGCAGUGAUGAGGAGCCCCUGAAGGAGUCCAGGCUGAAGGAGGCAUUUUUCUGUUUGGAAUUCCUGCUGGACAACGGUGCUGACCCCUCCCUGCGGGACAAGCAGGGCUACACCGCCGUCCACUACGCGGCUGCCUACGGGAACAGGCAGAACCUGGAGCUGCUGCUGGAAAUGUCGUUUAACUGCCUGGAGGACGUGGAAAGCACCGUCCCAGUCAGCCCUUUGCACUUAGCUGCCUACAAUGGUCACUGUGAAGCCCUCAAGGCGCUGGCUGAGACGCUGGUGAACCUGGACGUGCGGGACCACAAGGGCCGCACCGCGCUCUACCUGGCCACCGAGCGCGGCUCCAGCGACUGCGUGCAGGUGCUCACCAGCCACGGCGCCUCCGCCCUGGUCAAGGAGAGGAAGAGGAAGUGGACGCCUCUCCACGCUGCAGCUGCCAACGGGAACACGGAUUCCCUGCACCUCCUGAUCGACAGCGGGGAGCGCGCGGACAUCACCGACGUCAUGGACAUCCACGGCCAGACCCCGCUGAUGCUGGCCAUCAUGAACGGCCACGUGGACUGCGUCCAUCUGCUGCUGGACAAGGGAUCCACGGCCGACGCCGCCGACAAGAGGGGCCGGACGGCGCUGCACCGCGGGGCCGUGACAGGCUGCGAGGAUUGCCUGGCUGCUCUGCUGGACCACGAUGCCUUCGUCCUGUGCCGCGAUUUCAAGGGCCGGACCCCGAUCCACUUCGCCUCGGCCUGCGGCCACCUGGAGGUGCUGAGGACCCUGCUGCAGGCAGCGCUGUCCACCGACCCCCUGGACUCCGUGGUGGACUACAGCGGCUACUCCCCCAUGCACUGGGCUUCUUACAGUGGGCACGAAGAUUGUCUUGAAUUGUUACUUGAACACAACCCGUUUGCAUACCUUGAAGGAAACCCCUUUACUCCAUUGCACUGUGCAGUAAUUAACAACCAGGACGGCACUGCUGAAAUGCUGGUGGAAGCAUUAGGUGCCAAGAUUGUUAAUAGCAGAGAUGCCAAAGGAAGGACCCCCCUUCACGCUGCUGCCUUCGCAGACAACGUCCAUGGUUUACAGCUGCUCCUGCGCCACCAGGCCGAGGUGGACACAGCGGACAAGCUGGGCAGGACCCCCCUGAUGGUGGCGUCGGAGAACGGGCACACGGCGGCAGUGGAGUUCCUGCUGUUCCAAGCUAAAGCAAAUAUAACUGUGCUGGAUGUCAACAAGAACACAGCUCUUCACCUGGCCUGCAGCAAGGGCCAUGAAAAGUGUGCCUUGUUGAUCCUGGGGGAAACCCAAGACCUUGGCCUUAUCAAUGCAAGUAACAGUGCUCUGCAGAUGCCGCUGCACAUCGCGGCGCGGAACGGCCUGGCCUCCGUGGUGCAGGCGCUGCUCAGCCGAGGGGCCACCGUGCUGGCUGUGGAUGAAGAAGGCCACACCCCGGCUCUGGCCUGCGCCCCCAACAAGGACGUUGCCGACUGCCUGGCACUGAUCCUCUCCACCAUGAAGCCUUUCCCGCCCAAGGACGCCCUGGGCUCCUUCAGCUUCAACCUCCUCAAGAACUGCGGCAUCGCGGCCAAGGCCUGCGGGGCGCUGCCCAACGGCUCCUCCUGCCCCUACUCGGCCGAGCGCCACGGCGCCAUCGGCCUGGACGGCUGCUACUCCGACUGAGGCCACGGUGACCCCAGAGCUUUCUCUAUUUAUUUAGAAAUUCUAUAAAUAUAGGGCACUUUAAAGGAGAACAAGGCCGGGCCCGGCCCAGCGCGGGGCUCUGCGGGGUUGGGGGGGGGAGCCAAGAGUUCGGUGAUGCCAGCCUGGGGUUGUGCCCGUCCCACUGUGCCCGUUCCAUCCUGUCCCUGCCGUGUCCAUCCCAUUCCCUGCCGUGUCCAUCCCGUUCCUGCCGUGUCCAUCCCGUUCCUGCCGUGUCCAUCCCAUCCCCUUCUGUGUCCAUCCCGUCCCUGCCGUGUCCAUCCCGUCCCUGCCGUGUCCAUCCUGUCCCUGCCGUGUCCAUCCCGUUCCCUGUCCAUUCCCUCUGUGCCAGUCCUAUUCCUGCUGUGUCUGUCCUGUUCCCGUCCCAUUCCCUCUUGUGCCCAUCCCACUGUGCCUGUUCCAUCCCGUCCCUGCCGUGUCCAUCCCAUUCCCUGCCGUGUCCAUCCCAUCCCUCCUGUGUCCAUCCCGUUCCCUCUCCAUUCCCUCCUGCUGUGUCUGUCGUGUUCCUUACUCUGCCAGUCCCAUUCCCUGUCCCAUUCCUGUCCUGUUCCUGCCAUGCCAGUCCCACUGUGCCCGUGUCCAUCCCAUUCCUGCCGUGUCCAUCCCAUUCCUGCCGUGUCCAUCCCAUUCCCUGCCGUGUCCAUCCCAUUCCCUGCCGUGUCCAUCCCAUUCCCUGCCGUGUCCAUCCCAUCCCUGCUGUGUCCAUCCUGCUCCCUGCUCUGCCAGUCCCAUUCCCAUCCUGUUCCCUGCCUGUUCCCUGCUGUGCCCAUCCCACUGUGCCCGUGCCAGUCCCAUCCCUGCCAUGUCUGUCCUGUUCCUGCCAUGUCUGUCCCAUUCCCUGCUGUGCCCAUCCCAUCCCUGCUGUCCUCAUGUCCAUCCCAUCCCUCCUGUGCCCAUCCCAUCCCUGCUGUGUCCAUCCCAUCCCACUGUCCCCAUGUCCAUCCCAUCCCUCCAGUGUCCAUCCCAUCCCUGCUGUCCCCAUGUCCAUCCCAUCCCUCCUGUGCCCAUCCCAUCCCUGCUGUCCCCAUGUCCAUCCCAUCCCUCCAGUGUCCAUCCCUUCCCUGCUGUCCCCAUGUCCAUCCCAUCCCUCCUGUGCCCAUCCCAUCCCUGCUGUCCCCAUGUCCAUCCCAUCCCUCCUGUGCCCAUCCCAUCCCUGCUGUCCCCAUGCCCAUCCCAUCCCUCCUGUGCCCAUCCCAUCCCUGCUGUCCCCAUGUCCAUCCCAUCCCUCCAGUGUCCAUCCCAUCCCUGCUGUGUCCAUCCCAUCCCUCCAGUGUCCAUCCCAUCCCUGCUGUCCCCGUGUCCAUCCCAUCCCUCCUGUGUCCAUCCCAUCCCUGCUGUCCCUGUGCCCACCCCGUCCCCUGCCCUGGGUUUGGGCUGGCACGAGGCCCCAGGUGCUGCUGGAGUUUUGCCUUUGGGGCUGGUUGGAGCCAUUUCCUUCCCAAUGGUUUUGUUUCAUUCCCCACAUUUUCCUUCCCAGCAUUUCCUUCCCAAUAUUUUCUGUUUCAUUCCCAAUGUUUCUGUUUCGUUCCCAGAAUUUCCUUCCCAAUGGUUUUGUUUCCUUCCCAACAUGUUUGCUUCCUUCCCAACAUUUUUGUUUUAUUCCCAAGGUUUCCUUCCCAAUAUUUUUGUUUCAUUCCCAACAUUUUUAUUUUAUUCCCAGUGUUUCUGUUUCAUUCCCAAAAUUUCCUUCCCAAUGUUUCCUUCCCAAUGUUUUUGUUUCAAUCCCAGUGUUUCCUUCCCAAUGUUUCUGUUUCAUUCCCAAAAUUUCCUUCCCAAUGUUUUCAUUUCCUUCCCAAUGUUUUUUUUCCCUUCCCAAUAUUUUUGUUUUCUUCCUGGCUUUUCCUUCCCAAAAUUUUUGUCUCAUUCCCAACAUCUCCUCCCCAGAAAUCCCAUUAAUUUCCUCCCCAUUCCCACCCACUGUGCCCAGCUGGGACGAGGAGAAACCCGAACUCUUGGCAGGGGUGGGGAUUUGGGAAUUUGGGGAAUCCAGCCAGGGUGGGAAUCGCUCCUCUCCUCUCCUCACACUCACCCCAAAAAAAAAAAAACACUUGAAAAACCGAAAUCUACUGUACCUGGCACACUCAACAAUCCUUUGGCAGCUCAUUUUUGGGAAAAUACAAGCGGGUGCACUGCUGGAGCCUCCUCCCACACCAGGCACUUUAGGGAUUCUGUUGGGUUCUGAUUUUUUUAGGUUUUAUUUUUCCCCUUCCCCUCCUUUUGGCCAUUUGUCAGAUCCUAAAAUCUGCUUUUUUUUCCCCCCUGGUUUGUGUGGCCAUUUCUAUGAAAGAGUCAGUGUUGGUUGAUUGUUUCUCUUUUUUUUUUUUUUUUUAAUAUUUAUAGAGAAACAAGCUUUUACCUUUAAAAAAUAACAAAAACCAUUAAAAAAAAAAAAAAAAGAAAAUCAACAUUUUAGCCUUUACUAAGGAAACAAAUGCACUUGUAAGUCCUUAUUCACAAGCCUGUGUUGAUUUUUUGGGAUGCAGAUUUUGUGGAUGUGAGUGGGAUCGUUGUUUUUUGGUUUGGAAAUCUCAUUUUUAUUUUUAUUUCUAAUUUUUGGAAAUCCUGUUUAUGCUGCAGGUUCGAAGCAUCUGAAAAUGUUGCACUGUUGUUUUUAUUUUGUUUUUUUUUUGUUUUUCCUUCUGAAUUACUGUAACAGCAUCAAAAAACAAUUUUUUUUCCCUCCCUCCCACGAGUCUGUUCAAAGCCAAAGACUGGGAUGAGAGAGGAAGGGGCUGCAAGGGCAGAAGAAUUUCAGGAAUUUUGGGAAUUCCAAGAAUUUCCAAGCUCCUCCCCCUCCUAUAACACCAAGACCCCAGAGUGUCAGAGAGAGAAAAGGGCAUUUCUUUAACCAAAAUUCUGAUUUUUGUUGGAUUUUAUUUUCUUUUUCACUCAUUUCAAGUCGAAGGCUCCCCUUGGGAGGAUCCCCUUGUGUUGUUCCUUUCUUUUCUUUUUUUAAAUUUUUUUUUUAAACCAAAGCCAAACUUUUCAAACCAAAUAUGAAGUUUUUGUCUUGGUCUUUGGGUGAAAAGCACAUUUAUUUUUUUUUCUCAGCGUUUCCUUCCUUGAGCACUCAACAAAACCCAAAAUCCUGGCUGAGAUCCAGCAGCAGGCACUUGACAGGGGCAGGGAUCCCAGGGAUUUUCCCUUUUUUUUUUUUUUUUUUGGAUAAAUCCAUUUAUUUUUUGGGAUAAAUCCCCUCCCUGCUCUACCCCCAUCCCAAAAGGAAAUGCUGCCCCUUUUUUUUUUUUUACACCAGAUACCUCAGCUCAGAACAGAACAGAACUCAAACAAAACUUGAAUCAAAAAACACAAAAAAAAAACCCCAAAAAAGCUCCUUUUUUUGGGAAAUCCUUUUACUUUUUGUUGGAAGUUCUUUUUCUUUUUUUAUUUUUGGAAGAUUCUUUUCCUUCUUUUGGGAAAUUAUUCUCCUUUUGGAAAAUUAUUUUCCUCCUUUUGGAAAAUCCUUUCCCUUCUUUUGGAAGCUACUUUUCCUUUUUUUUUUUUAUUGAAACCUCCUUUUCAUUUUUUUUUUUUACCUUCUUUUCCUUAUUUUUUUUUAAACCUCCUUUUCCUUUUUUUUUUUUUGUUUUUUUUUUUUGUUUUUUUGGAACCUCUUUUUCCAUUUUUUGGGAAGCUCCUUUUCAUUAUCCUACAGAGAAGAACUGGAAAAAAACCACAAAAAAAAAAAACACAAAAAAGAGAGAGAACUUGUUUACAUUUUGCUGCUUCCCCUUUUUCCCAGCAGGAAUUCCCUCCCAAAUCCCUGAGCCCUUGCAGGAUUUGGGGUGAUUUUGCAGAAUUCCCAAAUUUCCAGGAUGGGAAUUCUCCCAUUUCCAUGGAAAAUGAGAAUUCUGUCCCUUCCCUUCCUUUGCUGGUGGCCCUGUGGCCAUUUCACUUUUUUCCCCAGCUGCUUUCCCCUCUUAUUUGAGGUUUUUUUUUUGGGAUAUUUUUGGGAUUUUUUUGCUCCCUUUGGUGUCACCUCCGCUCUGAGACAAUCACCGCGAUCUCCAAAAGGGCUCCCUGCUUUCCCCUCCUAAAAAAUAAUAAUUAACAAUAAUAACUCUGAUGAAUAAUGAUGCUAAUGAAGGGAAAGGAGGCUCCAGCAGUGCAGCCAUGGGGGGGGAGGGGAGGGGUGGGGGUGGGGAAAAGGGGGGGACGUUGUGGCCUUUUUUUUGGGGGUGUCCCAGUCUUGUUCUCCUUUAACGCUGAAUCGUUAUCGUCGACAGCACAGCUUGACAAUUUCAGUAAUAAUCAAAGUGUUUGGUAAUAAUUGCAUUAUUUUGCUAAACGAGAUGAUGAUGAUGAUGAUGAUUUUUUUUUUUUUGUGAUGGUUUUCCCCGGUGCAUUGUACAAAAACAAAAAAAAAAAAAAACAAAAAAAAAAAAAAAAGAGGGAUGGAGGGAAACUUCCGCUGCCCUGCCCGCUGCCCUCCCCAAAUUUGCCAUCCCUUUAUGCCAAAGUUGGACCAUUCAGCAAAAAUUUUUUUCCCCUCCCUCCUCUCACCUUAAUUGGUUUGGAACACUCAGAUCCUUUUCCCAACCCUCUGGAAACAAAAAAAAAAAAAAAAACAAAACAAAAAAAAAAAAAAGGAAGUUUCUCUCCGACCCCUUGGUCCAAAGCACUUGCUUCAAGUAAUAAGCACUUUUGUUAAAAAAGCAUGAGUCUGGAUUCCCUUUAGCAUCCCACGGGAUAGAGAGCAGUGAGAGGGAGGUGAGAGUGUCUUUGGAUUUAUUUUUUCAGUUGGAAUUUAAAAGAGAGAAAGAAGAAGAAAAAAAAGAAAAACAAACAAAAAAAAAAGUUCGUUUCUAGGGAAUGAAUGGACAAAGGGAAGUUGUGGUUUUGAGAGAGAGGAAAAAAAAAAGAAAAAUGUUUAAAAAAAAACUAAAAAAGAAAGAAUGAAAAAAAAAAAAAAAGAAAAAAAAAAAAAGAACCCAACAGCACAAAAAAAAAAUAAUUUGCAUUUCAAAGUCACCGGGUGUUUUUGCACUGCCAUUGCCCGAGCGAGGGGCGCCGCCCCCUGAGCCAUAGACCCUGCGACAAACACUGAAUGUACCGGCGGUACCGGGGCCGGGACGGGAGGGAGGGACCGGGGACAGACCCGGGACAGACCCGGGACAGGCCGGGAGAGACCAGGGGCAGACUGGGGACAGAGCAGGACAGACAAGGGACAGAGCGGGAUAGAGGGGAGAGACCGGGAGCAGAAUGGGGACAGAGUGGGACAGACGGGAGGUAGCCCGGGGACAGCCCGGGGACAGCCCGGGAUAGACCAGGGACAGACUGGAACAGAGCGGGGAUUGCCCAGGGAUAACCCAGGACAGACCGGGGACAUCCCGGGGACAGACCGAGGAGAGCCCAGGGAUAGACCACGACUGUCCAGGGACAUCCUGGGGACAUCCCUUGGAUAGCCCAGGGACAUCCCGGGACAGACCAGGGAUAACCCAGGACAGACCAGGGACAGACCAGGGAUAAACCAGGACAGACCAGGGAUAGACCAGGACUGUUCAGGACAGACUGGGGACAGCCCAGGGAGAGCCCAGGGACAUCCCGGGACAGACCAGGGAUAACCCAGGACAGACCAGGGACAUCCCGGGACAUCCCGAGCCGCUGCUGCCGCCGCUCCCCGGCCGCGGGCACCUGAGAGCUUCGGGUUCUCAGGGAAGCGUGUCCGUCUGUCCCCGUGUCCGUCUGUCCCCGUGUCCCUCUGUCCCGUCCCUGUCCCGCCCCUCUCUCCCAUCCCUUCCUCACCCAUUCCGCAUCCCCCACCCGUUUUUCCUCCUUUUUCCCUCCCCGUCCCUCUCAGCCCGUCCCUCACUCCCCUUCCCUCUCCCUCCUCUCUUCCCUUCCCUCUCCCUUCUCCUCUCCUCCCUCUCCCUUUUCCCAUUCCCGGACGGAGCGAGGAUCCCUCCCCAGCCCCCCAGGAGCAGCCCCCAGCCCCACCCGGCCACACCCCGGGGCUGCAAUCCGGCAGAUCAGGAAAAAAAAAAUUAAAAUAAAAAAUAUAAAAAAGAAAGGAGCACUAAAAAGCCAAGCUAAAAACACACACAAAAAAAAUCUCCAAAAACGUGGAAUCAGUUUUGGUUUUGUUCCCGUUUUGGGGGCUCCGUGCAGAUCCCAAUUCCCAGCACGGGGGAGGAACAAGAAAAUCCCCAAACCACCAAAAGCAGAGACCCCAGAAAGAACCUUUUUUUUUUUUUUUUUUU